CCGGUAGGGCUGAGGGCGCAGAGGCAGCUGCUGCAUAGUUAUGCUUGCUGCUAACUAGGUCGUGACGUCGGCAGUAGGGUGGAGCACAGGGGGAAGUGGCCAAGUGUACAGGUGUGUAUAUUGUGCAGGAGGCCCCUCCCGUCCCCCCACCCCCCCUUACUGAUGAGCCGGUGCGGCACAGCGCCCCUGCGCAUUUCCCGCUAGUCCCGGGUGCGUGCGGGCAUCCCUGCAGCGCUCCAGCCGAGAGGCCGGCGGGCGCCGCGUGGGGGACGGGACGCGGCGGUGCCGGAGCCAGGGCUGGAGCAGUCGCUGUCCAGGGCUGGGACGAGCCGCCUGCCAGGGACUGCCGCGGAGGUGGAGCGCAAGACUGUGCAAUUCAUGAAUAAGAAGCUUGCACUGGGUGUAGAUCGGCUCUGAAAAAGGAACCGGGAACCUGGAAUAAAAGGCACCAACUUGAGCCUGGUCCCCCGCAGCCGAUGGCCAGGGCCGCGCCGCAGCGGGAAUGCGGGGGUCUGGGCCCGUGCCCCCCCGCACCGCGCAGUGACCGUGCGGCGCCCCGCAGGCAGCAGCACAGCCCGCCGCACCCAUCGCUGGGCAGGGGCACCCGCGAUGUUGGUGCAGCACCGCGGGGUGACCCUGCAGCGCCCUGCGGGCUGCGCCAUGGCCCGUGGCGCCCGUCGCUGCGCGGGAGCACCUGCAACGUCUGUGCACAGCGGCUGGAAGCGCCGCAGGAAGCUGCUGCGAAGGUGGCGCCAGGCUCCCGGCUGUGGUUCCUGCUGCUGCUCGUGGGCGCUGCGGCUGUGCCACGAACCAGCGCCGGCUCCCACUCCUACCGGCAUUUCUACACGGCGGUGUCGGACCCCAGCCUGGACGUGCCUGUCUUCACUGCCGUGGGCUACGUGGACGACCAGCAAAUUCUCCGCUACGACAGCGAGACGCAGAGACAGGAGCCGCGCGGGGACUGGGUGCAGGGCACUGUCGACCAAGACUUCUGGGACGGGGAAACCAGGAGCUUGCGGGCCUGGCAGGACGGAUUUAAACGGAACCUGCUCACCCUGCGGCAUCGCUACAACCAGACCGAGGGGUCUCACACGCUCCAGUUCACGUACGGCUGUGAGCUCCACGCAGACGGCAGCACUGGAGGCCACAUGCAGCUGGGCUACGACGGGGCAGACUUCAUCAGCUAUGACCUGGCAAUGCGCACCUGGGUGGCAGCCCUGGCACAGGCCCAGCGCACCCAGCGCAAGUGGAAUGAGGAGAAGGCCGUUCUUCAGGAUGCAAGAUCCUACCUGGAGGAGGCCUGCAUCACGUGGCUGCAGCAGUACCUGCGGCACGGGGAGGCAGCGCUGCAGAGCAGGCGUCCCGUGGCACAGGUGAGAGACAGGCCGUCGUCCCGGGACGGACGCACCACCCUGUCCUGCCGGGUCCACGGCUUCUACCCCCGGGACGUGGCUGUCGUGUGGCUGAAGGACGGGCAGGCGCAGCCCCAGGAGACGAGGCGCUCGGGGGUCGUUCCCAGCGGAGACGGGACCUACCAGACCCGGGCCACCAUCGAGAUGGACCCGAGCAGCGACCACGACUACACCUGCCGCGUGGAGCACGAGAGCCUGGGGGCAGCCCUGAGAGUGGCCUGGGACAAGGGCAGGGCGGGGUACGGCCCAGGGAUGACUGUGGGUGUCGUUAUGGGUGCCAUGUUGCUGGUCGGUGCCAUGACGGGCACAGCUGGUUAUUUCCUCGGGAGACGGGGAAAUAAAGGAGCGCCUGCUCGUGCAGCCUCGGACAGCAAACCCUUGAGGCUCUCGGAGGGAGCAACACCCCUUCCAACCCCUGCCUUGAAGCCCAGACUGCAGGUUCAUGGAGCUGCCUCCACACGAGGGAAACGCCUUGCCCGGGAGAGCCCUCCACCUGCCCACCCGCCUGCCAGAAGUGAGAUAUCGUGACCAGAAGGAAACGAUUCAGUGUCCUGCUGCCCGUCAGACAGCUUGGGGGCAAAGAGGCUGCUCUUUUACUGGAGUCUGACUGCGCAACAUGAGCUUUUCUGACCAGACAAUCUCACGACCUCUUGGGCUCCUCUGUGAUGUGCAAGUUGUCAUUUGUAGCUCAGAGACACUUGGCACUCUUGGAGACAAACCCCCAGUUUUUCUUUUCUUUUUUUUUUUAGUUUAAAAAUAUACUCCUCCCCUUCCCCUAACCUUUUCUGACUUUCUCUCUGCUCUCUCUAUCCCUUAUAGUUUCAUAGUUCAUAGUUUGUAAGGGUGGAAGGGACCUGAGCAGAUCCUCAAGUCCAACCCCCUGCCCUGGCAGGAAAGAGCACUGGGGUCAAAGGACCCCAGCCAGGUGUUCAUCCACCCUCCUCUUAAAACCCCCAGGGUAGGAGCCAGCACCACUUCUCUUGGAAGUCGGUUCCAGAUCCUGGCCGCCCUGACACUGAAGUAGCGCCUCCUGAUGUCUAGUGUGAAUCUACUCUCCGCCAGCUUGUCACUGUCAUAUUGAAUGUAAUAGUUUGAAUGCUUGUAAUAGUUGCCCAUUAGCCAGUUUAGAAGAAGGUGAGGUUCAUCUUCUUAUCGAGGUUCACUGUUUUACCUGGCCUUACAAUGAACAUGCUUAAAGUCUUGGUUCCUCGAUCUUAUCUCUAGAGGCCUUGAACAAGUUAUCCUAAGGACCAGAGAAAAACGACCCUUAAGCAAAUAUUCUGAGAGAUCAAAACCCUAGAGGCCUUUUGAAAGGGGGAUGUAAAAGAAAGGUCACCGCAGUGGUAUGGAAAAUCUCCUAAAGCAAAAUUUAAGAUAAACUAAAUAGUCAGUGGACAAAUUCUGUUGCGGAAGACAAAACUGGCCACCUAGCAAAAAACCUGUUGAGUAAGAUCCGAGCCCAAAUUUGGGAGUAGUGACAGGUUUGGGUAGGAGGGGCCCAAGACAGCAACUCACCCAAUAAAAACUGUAACCUACAGUCCCAGUUUGGAGGUAACCUCGCUUGCAGAACAACGAAGGAAGACUCGCAAGCGUAGGCCGGAUCAGACUGAUCACCUGAACCACCCUCUCCGUGAACACGAGUCUCUUAGUUCACGCUGAAGCCGCGGAGCGCCCGAGUGGGACCGAAGGAAGGGGACUUAGUCCUCCCAGUAUUGAGGCCAGCCCAUUGAACUGUAUUGCUGAGGCCAGCCCAUUAAAUUGUACUACUGAGGAAUGAAAGCAUAUCUAGGUGUUUGGCUUCUCGGAAUUGUAGCAUUGAAAGUAUAAUGCACUAAUAACUUUUCUGGUUCGAAUUAUAUAGUUAGUUGCGUGCAGGCCGGGGGUGAGCCGGGCCCAUCUUUGUGCAUGCGGGCUGUGGCCAGUAGCCUGGGCACGCGGGGCCGGAGAAAACCGCGCGGCGGCAAGGCACACGCGGGCUAGAAUUAGUCACAGAGGCGUAGUGGUUGAUUGAAAGAUUAUUUACUUACACCCAAGAUGGUCGUGGUGUAGGCUGGACAGUUUCCAGGUGCAGCUCCACUUAAAUCCUCGUUGGAGGACUACGACAAAUUCGGUUCUUUGGCCCCGGAGUUGUUAAGGCUCCGCGGGUUCGGCAAUUCUUUCCUCACGGAGUUGUCGAAGCUCCGUGGGCUCUGGUCAGUUCCCAGGUCCCCCGGAGCUGUUAAAGCUCCAUGGGUUCAAAAAUUGGGUAUAUAGGAUAGGGAUACGUCUAGGAUUGCGCUCAGCGACGGCGAGAGGCUAGAGGCUGUUCAGACCUCUGUUGCCUGCUUAAGAGGGGCGCGUUGGGUCCGCAAGGGUCCACAUCGCUUAGAGAUCUUCACACAGCGCGAAGUCUCCUCCUCCUGGCGAGUUCUCUCUCUCCAGUUUUCCUCUCUCUGACUUGGGCAGAAACUACCCAAGCCUUUUGUACGGCUAGCAAGCCAAUAGCUAGCCGCCACGUGUACCUUUACUCAGAACUGGCCAAUAAUGUGGCGCGAAUCUGAAUACAAAUGGCGGGAACUCCUUUGCACCGUG